AUGAAACUCGAGCCGGGAACAGUCGAAGCCCUCUACAACAGCCAGGCCAACAAUCCGUUGUACAAGAAUCCUGUUCUCCAGAUCACAUCGUUGGGAAAGCUAUCUGUUGCGAUUGGAGACAAGCAGAGAUAUCGAGUUAACCUGUCUGACGGGGUGAACUACAUGAAGGGAAUAUUCUCCAGCGAGCUCACGCCUCACUUUGAAAAGGGGCUUGUGAGCAGAUACAGCCUCAUCAGGCCUGGAAGGUUUAGUGUAAGGUCCAAGGACGGAAGCGUGUACAUAUACAUCCAGGAGAUCCAGGCGUAUGAGGACUGCAACGUUGAGAUUGGGAAGCCCGUGAACAUAAGCACCGGAAAUGCAUCCUUCAGUGACAAUCAGGCAAGUCCCGGAAACCAGAGGCAUACGAACGGGGUCAACCAGCAUCGCAGAGCACCAGAUGAGGAGGACAAGAAAAGGGUGAAGAGAGAUGCCGAGGAUGAAGGAGAGUUUACGGCCAUAAACAUGCUGAAUCCGUUCCACAACAAGUGGGCCAUAAAGGGAAGGGUGGUGAUGAAGAGCGACAUAAGAAGGUUCACCAACCAGAAAGGAGAGGGCAAGGUAUUCAACUUCGAGGUUUCGGACGGAACUGCACAGGUGAAGAUAAUAUGCUUUUCUGAUUGUGUGGACAUCUUCUUCCCUAUAGUUGAGGUGGGGAAGGUUUACACCAUUGCAAAGGGAACUGUUAAGAUGGCGAACAAGCAAUAUUCCACAAAUCCAUUUGACUAUGAGAUUAUUUUGGACAAGAGCUCUGAGGUCCACCGUGCUGCCGACGACGGGUCUCCGAAGUACUUUUUCAACUUUGUCAAGAUUUCUGACCUGACGCUUGGAAAUGCAUACUGCGACACGAUUGGGGUUGUUAAGGAAGUGUAUGCACCCUCGACAGUGAUGGUGCGAAGCACGCAGAGCGAACUUCUCAAGAGGGAUGCUGUUCUUGUCGACGAUGGCGGAAGUGUGAGGCUGACGCUGUGGGGGCCGAAGGCUGAGCUUGAGAUUGAAAGUGGAAUGGUUCUUGCACUCAAGUCCAUUAAGGUCAGCGAGUUCAACGGGAUUUCGAUAUCAACGACUGGAGGGUCUCAGGUUGUGACCAACCCGGACAUUGCAGAGGCGCACGAGCUUGAAGGAUGGUACCAGUCGAUAGGCAAGGACAUGCAGGUGACUCUUCCCCGAAGAGAAGAGAAGAGAAGACUGAUCCAGGAGGUUAAGGAAAGCGAUCUGACAUAUUCAACGGUCCAAGGAACGGUGAUGUUUCUGAAGGAAGACGGGCUGUGGUACACGUCAUGUAAGGGCGAGGGGUGCAAUAAGAAGGUUGUGAUGGAGGACGGCGGGUGCUACAGAUGCGAGAGAUGUAACAUGACAUACGAAGAUUGUGACUACAGGUACAUGGUGACCAUGCAUCUUGGAGACUUCAGUGGGCAGAUGUGGGUAAGCCUCUUUGACGAGGUAGCAACAAGCUUCUUUGGGAUAUCCGCCAGGGAGAUGAAGGUUAUGAGCGAGGAGGCCCCUGGUGAGCUACAGGCGCUGAUUAGGAGAAUGUACUUCAGGGAGUGUCUGUUCAGAAUCAAAUCAAAGCAGGACAGCUACAAUGAUGAGAUUAGGAUGAGAUACAGUGGGCUGAGCGUAGAAAACCUAGAUAUCCUCAAGGAGUCGAAAAGACUUCUUGGUGUGAUUGAAAAAAUGUAG